AUGAGCCUCUACUUGAACGUUUACGUGUGUGUGCAACAGACUCCUCUCUCCGACCCUGAGGUCAAACAGAAAUGCCAGAUACUUUUCCGCCAGUGGGCCGUAACUUACAGUUCGACUCCAGGCAUGGAGCGAAUUGUGGCUUUACAAAAGCAGCUGCCCAAACGAAAGAAAGCCAUGACCCAGCAGCAGUCUAAAGUUCUGAGAGAGACUGAACCGAGUCCGAAUGAUGAUCCUUUCAGCAAUGCAGAAGAUGAGGACGAUAAUCGGACGCAGAAUAAAGGCUCACCAACCCGGAAUACAUUUGCUUCUUCCUCCAGCGUAAAUCCGUCCAGUAGCUUUUUCCCGACCUCUACUUCAGCCAAAAAAUCCAAAUCUGACAAGUAUCUGAAAAAGACAAAACGCAAGGGUUUUGAUCUUGAAAAGGAAAAGCCGCAAAUCCUGCAGGCAAUUGCGUCAUCGUCCAUUGCUAGCACAAACUUGAUGAAUGCAUUGAAGCUCAUUGAUAGAGAGCACAAGCGUGUUAGUGAAGACAAAGAAGCGGUCGCAAAAUUCGAGGUCUGCAAACAACUUCGUCGGCAAAUCCUGCGCUACAUUCAACACAUUGAAAGUGAUCAGUGGCUUGGAAGCCUCAUCAAUGCAAACGAUGCUCUUAUUGAAGCACUGAUGGCAUUUGAAAUUCUGGACAAGAGCGUCGAAAAUGACAGUGAUAGUGAAGGCGUCGAAUGGUCUGGUGGCGAAGAAAGUGCGCCUCCUAAGUCGACAGAAACAGAACAGCGGAAUAUUGAUCGGGAUUUUGCGGGCCUAAUUCUUGACAACAAAGCUGGAAAAGCCCCUAUUGGUAAGGUGCAGAGCAGUAAAGGAAGCCGAGAGGAACAGGCCGAUAGCGAAAGUGAUGGGCUUGCAGAAGAUGACGAUGAUCCUUUUGCAGACAACAAAGGCUAUGCUUAG